AUGGUGGACUGGAAGCGGGUCUGGGCGAAAUGCCUGCAAAUCUUCAUCGACCAGUUCCUCCUGAUCAGCUAUAUCGUCGCAGCCACCAUUGCCCUUGCCUGGCCAGCCCCCGGCAAGGCCGUGGCUAGUGUGCAGUUUUAUGUGAACGGGCGGGCCUACCAGAUCGAGAAAAUCAUCAACAUCAUGAUUGUGUUCCUCAUCAGUGGGGCCAUGCUGAAGACGGACGACAUCAGGAAGGUGUGGCGCUACAAGCUGGGCGUGCUGUACGGCUUUAUCUCCACGCUGGCCAUCACUCCCUGCUUAGGCUUUGCCUACCGCGCCAUCCCGCUCACCCCAGACGAAUUCACAGCCGGCCUGACGCUCACCACCGCCGCGCCACAGACGCUGGGCAUCGGCAUCAGCCUGGUCCGCUCCUGCGGCGGCAACGAGGGACUGGCGCUCAUCCUGACCGCUGGAACCAACAUAUUGGGCAUCUUCACGAUGCCGCUCUGGCUGAAGGCGCUCUUCAGCGGCACAGCCUUUGCCCUCGCUAUUGACAUGGUGUCCCUGCUCGUCAACCUCAUCAUUUCGGUGCUGGUGCCAUCGCUGAUUGGAAAGGCCAUCCGCGAGCUGGUGCCGGGUGCCGCGGGCUUUGUGGCGCGGCACAAGGUGCCGCUGUCGCUGUUCAGCACAGCAAACCUGGCCUUCAUUGUGUGGCAGGUGCUGUCCAGCGCGCAGUCAGUGUUGAUGGACCAGCCCUUUGUGAGCAUUGUCUACGUGCUGCUGCUCUCUGCCGCCCAGCAUAUCCUGUACCUCCUGUUCAAUUUCGCAGUCACCACGCUGGCCUUUCGCAUGCCGCCUCCCGAGAACAUCGCCACCUCCAUCAUGGCAAGCCAGAAGUCGGGCCCUGUGGCGGUGGCGGUGAUUGGCUACAUCACAAAUGAUGUCGCGCAGCAGGGCCUGCUGGCCAUACCGGCAGUGCUGGGCCAGCUGGUGCAGGUUUUCAUUGGCAGCGCCCUGGUCCCCUUCUUUUCCCGGAUCACCAAGGCCUACCAGCGGGCUCAGCAGGUGGCGGCGGCAGAGGCCGAGGAGGCGGCAGCAGCGGAGGCGCUGGAGGGUGGCGCAGACAAGGCGACGCUUGCACAGGAAGCAGCAGGCGAGGAAGCGGAGAGUAUAGGCGGCAAGCCCAGCACGCCGGCCUCCAGCACCUCAACGCAGUCGCUGGAAGCAACGCGGAGAAGCGGCGCAAUUGGCGGCAACCCGCAUCCAAUGUCAGCAGGCGACGCCAGCCAGAAGCCGCCUGAAUGA